ACAUUAUCCAAGAUGGCGGCGGCAGAUGGAGAUGAUUCUCUGUACCCUAUUGCUGUUCUCAUUGAUGAACUACGCAAUGAGGACGUCCAGUUACGCCUGAAUAGUAUUAAGAAGUUGUCAACCAUUGCUCUGGCUCUUGGAGUGGAGAGAACCCGCACCGAGCUUCUACCAUUCCUGACGGACACCAUCUAUGAUGAGGAUGAGGUGCUGCUGGCCCUGGCUGAGCAGCUGGGGAACUUCACCAUGCUGGUGGGAGGUCCAGAGUACGUCCACUGCCUACUGCCCCCUCUGGAGAGCUUGGCCACCGUAGAGGAGACGGUGGUGCGGGACAAGGCGGUGGAGUCUCUGCGUAAGAUCUCCCAUGAGCACUCGCCUGUGGACUUGGAGGUGCACUUCGAGCCCCUGGUGAAGCGGCUGGCCAGCGGGGACUGGUUCACCUCCCGCACCUCCGCGUGCGGCCUCUUCAGCGUCUGCUACCCCCGCGUCUCCAGCACUGUCAAGGCUGAGAUCAGACAGCACUUCCGCAACCUGUGUUCUGAUGACACCCCCAUGGUGCGGCGCGCGGCGGCCUCCAAGCUGGGCGAGUUCGCCAAAGUCUUGGAGCUGGAGUACGUCAAGAGUGACAUCAUCUCCCUCUUCACAGCUCUGGCCUCUGAUGAGCAGGACUCUGUGCGGCUGCUGGCUGUGGAGGCGUGUGUGAGCAUCGCCACUCUGCUGCCCCAGGAGGAUCUGGAGAGCCUGGUCAUGCCCACCCUGCGCCAGGCCGCAGAGGACAAGUCCUGGAGGGUCCGCUACAUGGUGGCUGACAAGUUCUCAGAGCUCCAGAAGGCUGUGGGGCCUGAGAUCACCAAGAACGACCUGGUCCCAGCCUUCCAGAACCUUCUGAAGGACUGUGAGGCAGAGGUCCGCGCUGCUGCUGCUAAUAAAGUUAAAGAAUUUGGUGAGAACUUGCCUGAAGACAGCAGAGAAACCAUUAUCAUGACUCACAUACUGCCCUGUGUAAAGGAACUGGUGUCCGAUACCAAUCAGCAUGUGAAGUCGGCCCUUGCGUCUGUCAUUAUGGGUCUGUCCACUAUCCUGGGUAAAGACAACACCGUUGAGCAUCUUCUACCUCUCUUCCUGGCACAGCUGAAGGACGAGUGUCCUGAGGUGCGUCUGAACAUCAUCUCCAACCUGGACUGUGUGAACGAGGUGAUUGGCAUCCGUCAGCUGUCCCAGUCUCUGCUGCCCGCCAUCGUGGAGCUGGCGGAGGACGCCAAGUGGCGCGUGCGCCUCGCCAUCAUCGAGUACAUGCCCCUGCUGGCUGGACAGCUGGGUGUGGAGUUCUUCGAUGAGAAGCUGAAUUCCCUCUGUAUGGCAUGGCUUGUUGACCAUGUGUAUGCCAUCAGGGAAGCGGCCACCUGUAACCUGAUGAAGCUGGUGGAGAAGUUUGGGGCAGAGUGGGCCCAGAACACCAUCGUGCCCAAGGUGCUGGGCAUGGCCAACGACCCCAACUACCUGCACAGGAUGACCACACUCUUCUGCAUCAAUGCCUUGUCGGAGGCUUGUGGGCAGGAGAUCACUACCAAACACAUGCUGCCUGUGGCCACGAAAAUGGCCACCGACACAGUGGCUAACGUCCGCUUCAACGUGGCCAAGACGCUGCAGAAGAUCGGCCCAGUGGUGGACCCCAACUCCCUGCAGACGGAGGUGAAGCCGGUACUUGAGAGGUUGGCCACAGAUCCAGACAUCGACGUCAAGUACUUCGCUCUGGAAGCCAUGAGUGUUCUGGCCCUGAACUAGUGGAAUUGGCAGAGCCGAAUCUUCAGCAUCUAGCUCCGUUAAAAACCUCAGUGCUGAUGGCAGACUACGAUCGUUAACGGUGGGACAGUUGAAUCCAACGCAGUGAUGCAGAGGCAACAGAUCUUUUUAGAGGGGAUGUGGGGCAAACUACUUUUUUUUUUUCCUUUUUCCACUGUAAUCUUCUCUUCCUCACUGAGCCCUGUCCUUUCUCCUCACUGACUUAUACGAAAGAAAAGAAAAGCACUACUCUCUCUGGUUACAUCCUCGUCACCAAAGCAGACUGACCAUCAAAGUUCUGAUGUCCUUCUGAGCCACCUCCUUCCUCAUUGUCCUCUUCCCCGUCCCCGAGCUGUACUCUUAACUGACCUUUUGAACGUUCCUCUUGCACUUCUCACAGUGGCACUACUGUACAAACGUAUAGCGUCACGAGUGCAUCCAGUUUCAAAGUUGAACAAGUUAAACAAAAAAGAUGAAUCUUUUUUAUAGGUAAGGUUACUGGCUUUACUAUGAACUGUAACCCUAGUGUGUGUUUGUCUGUAGCUGAGAGUCUUCUACCUGGCUGGACUUAAGGUGUCCAUUGCCUGGUGUAACUCCACUACAGCACAACACAGCACUGUGCAUGAAUAGAGCAUGGCUCAAGACUGCAUACAUGCAUACAUACACCCAUCCCCUCACCUCACCUCACCUCAAUCUCUGCCACUGCUGCCAAGUGACAACAAUACAGGAGAUGGCAGAGUGGGCUUCUAAUGCCUCCAGAGUUGCAGCCUGUAGUAGUCUUUCCUCGCAUAGAUCCACGCAUUAAACAUAGCUAUUCUCUUUAAGGGACCACAUCAACCCCCACCCACAUCACAUCCUGAUCUUACCUUACCUGCUGCAUACAGUAUAUACCGUAUACUCUGUUUAUGUCCCCCAUCACACACUUCCCUGGCCCAUUGCUAUAGUGUGCCAUUAAUUGUGCAUCACACACACACAUGCUACACGCACACAUCCUCCUUUUUAGUUUUCCUUCUUUUCUUCUUCUCUCGUAAAGACCUUAUGUUCUUAAAAGAAAUGUUCUGUAUGCUGACUUUUAACUUAUCAUUUGUUGUACAGAAACAGUUGCAUGGUUUUUCUCAUACUGUUGAAUCUGGCCUCGAUGCAUCAGAGGGUGAGGGAGGGGUGUGUGUGUGGGUGGGAUGGGGGAGUUCACUGACAUGCCGGGUUUGUUUUAGAUGCUACAUGCAGUACACGACGGUGAAACACAGGUUUCAAAACGCAAACCGGCAUCAGCUGUAGACAUGUAACUUAACUGUAACUUGUUUUGUCAUUAGAAUGUGUCUCGUUUGUAAAUGAACAUGUUGCACCUCUUCCAUUCUGUCACGAGGCAGGGAGAUGAUUUGGGAAUAAUCAAUAAAUAACACUGAAAUAA